GACGGAGCGCUGGGGCCAUCACAACAGCCGUGUCUUCCACGAUGAAGAGAUAGGAAAAUCAUCGAGGUUGAGUACGAGGUUGACAACGAAAUAAAUCAUCCCGGUGGUACAUUCGGCCUGGAAGAAAUCGAGGAAGAGGAGUAAAGGCCGAUCAUGGCCGGUAGGGGUAGGAGAAAAAAGUGAUGUAAAUAGUCGGUGUGAACAGUGACCAUUAACUAUUGAUGGUAUACACUCAUCUAACUUCGAAAUGCCGAAUGGUACGACAGGCUGCCUCGUUCUGGUGGCUAUUCUCUGGAUAGGAUCCGUUACUUCGCGAUUUACCGGAUUUAAUAGAAAAUACAGUAGAAGUGGUAUCAUUUAUCCACAGCGAUAUCACAGGCAAUCACAGAUUUCCGAUAAUGACCUGGUGAACAGCAGUGCAGAGACAUUCAUUGAAUUAGUGUCUCAAGCCGGAUAUGAAGCCGAGGAACACGCCGUCACGACGGAAGAUGGGUAUAUACUGACGGCACAUAGAAUACCAAGUGGUCCAAAGUCACCCGCAGCUAAUGGAAAACCUGUGGUCCUUCUGCUUCAUGGGCUUCUUGGAGCCUCCGACGUUUGGGUCCUUCGAGGAUCACGACGAGAUCUAGCUUUCAUGCUGGUCGACGAGGGCUACGAUGUCUGGGUCUUCAACGCCCGGGGAAAUUUCUACUCGAGACGUCACGAGAGACUGUCCCCGGAUAACGCACAAUUUUGGAGAUUCAGUUGGCAUGAAAUCGGCACUUACGACACAGCAGCGACGAUCGACUACAUUCUAUCGAUAACUGGACAAUCCCAAGUGUCCCUGGUGGGAUACUCAAUGGGAGGUACAGUGGAACUGGUUCUCUUAUCGAAACGACCGGAGUAUAAUUUGAAGGUGAAUGUGGUCCUGCUGUGGGCACCAGUGGCGAUCGUCACUCACGAUCUUCCGGGUUUAUUUGCCUCCGUUGGAAUUCGAUACGGAAACCAAAUCGAGGAUGCCCUCCGAUUGCUCAACCGACACGAACUCUUCUCCCGAAAUUCUAUCAACAUGAGCACUUACGCCAGAUUAUGUCUGAGCAGAAGUACUCAAUCAAUCUGCCAGAGGCUGGUGCAGUACCUCACUGGAUUAACCAACUUCGAGGCAUUCGAUCUGGUCAUGCUGCCACGUUUGCUGAAUCAUUACCCCCAAGGCACGUCUGUGGAUACAUUCAUGCAUUAUCGACAAAUAACUAUCAGUGGAAAAUUUCAGCAAUUCGAUUUUGGACCGAAGGAGAAUUUAUUCAAGUAUCAGAGUGUGAAACCUCCAGAGUAUCCACUUGAUAAAAUAUCUGCCCCGUGUUAUCUCUAUUACGCGGCUAAUGAUCCUUUCACUACGAGAACAGAUAUUGAUGCAGUGAGAAAUAAAUUAUUGACAACAACAGUGAGAGAAAUUCAACACUCGAAAUUCAGUCACCUCGACUUUCUUUUCCUCAAUGAAACUGAAAAGUUCUUGUAUAAUGACGUACUCAACGUUUUGAAUGACCACAACAUCCCAUUCAAUGGGACGCAAAAUAUUAUCAACGCCUGAAGAAUUUGUAUUAAUCAUAUUUCAUAGAUUCCAAUAUACAGACUGUGCCAUUAACUUGUUAAUACUCAAACUACCUCUGUAGAUAAUUCCGAUUAAUAACUCGAUAUGUUAUUACAUUGAUUAUUGACAUUACACUUGCAUUCGAGAAACAGUAGAAUAAUAAGAUUCCAUUCAUAAUAUGUUCUUAAAAAUGAAAUAUACCUU